UGGAGAUAGGGUAUCAUGAACUAUUUGCCUGGGCUGGUUUUGAACCAUGAUCCUCUUGAGCUCAGGCUCUCAAGUAGAUAGAUUACAGCUGUGAGCCAUCAGCGCCUGACCAUCUUGAGCUUUUACUGUACCAGUCUCUAUGCUGGACCCUUAAUGAACACAGUCUUAUAAGUGCCUCAGGACAACCCUGGUUAAGGUUUUGUUUUGUUUUCCCUUCGGUACUGGGGUUUGAACUCAGGGCCUACACCUGGAGUCAUUCCACCAGCCCUUUUUUGUGAUAGAUUUAUUCGGGUAGGGUCUCGAAAACUUCUUACCCUAGCUGGCUUUGAACCGCGACUCUCCUGAUCUCUGCCUCCUGAGUAGCUAGGAUUACAGAUGUGAGCCACUGGCGCUGGCAUGGCUAAAUUUUGAAAUAAUCUGUUAUGGUUGAGGUAAGUGUGGCUCAGAGAGACUGCUUCUAGGCAGAAGGAGGAUUUCCUUCGAGCUACCUGUUGCAGUCACCUUGGCUUUUGCACCUGCUCUGGUGAAGUGAGCCCAGAGCGCAUGCGCCCAGGUGCGCACAAAGCGUCUGCUGCUUGUCCCUCCCUCCAGCUGGAAGCUUCAGCUGUGGAGGAUGCAGGUGAGAAAUGGGGACCAGGACCCAGCCCCCAGCUUAGGCUUUGCACCAGGCACUCACCCUAGCCCCUGUCCCUUUCAGGGUCCCGCUGCCUCCCUCUGUCCAGAGCCUCUGAGCACUCCAGACCCUGACGGCCUCGCUGAGGGCUCAAGUAGCUCCCCAGGACUUCCGGAGAGGCCCCCAGGGCCAUGCGCGCCGCCUGGCCUGGAAGAGGCGCUGUGCAGGAUGGGGCUGGAGAGAGAACGCGAGUAUGCUGGGGACAUCUUUGCUGAAGUCAUGGUGUGCCGUGCACUACCCUGGAGGGCCCUGCCCCGAAAAGUGACUCCCGAGAUGCGCGCGCUCGUGGUGGACUGGCUGGUCCAGGUGCACGUACGUACUGGAGAGGGUGCGAGGUUGGACCUAUGUCUCCACCUUGGGAUCCUGGUGGUCACCGGUGCCCCUCCCCAGGAAUACCUGAGCCUGGCGGGAGACACGCUUUACCUGGCCGUGCACCUGCUGGAUUCCUACCUGCGUGCAGGCAAAGUGCGCCUUCAUCGCUUGCAGCUGCUAGGCAUGGCCUGCCUAUUCCUCGCGUGCAAAAUAGAAGAGUGCGUGCUUCCUGAGCCUGCCUCCCUCUGCCUUCUGAGCGCCGGCUCCUUCUCACGGGCGGAGCUGCUGCGGGCCGAGCGCCGCAUUCUGAGCUGCUUGGAUUUCCGGCUGCAUCAUCCCGGCCCAUUGCUGUGCCUCGGGCUAUUGGCGGCCCUGGCCAGGAGCAGCGCCCAGGUGAUGCUUCUUGCCACCUACUUUCUGGAACUGUCCUUGCUGGAGGCCGAGGCCGCGGGAUGGGAGCCUGGCCGUCGCGCAGCAGCGGCUCUAAGCCUGGCGCACCGCGUGCUGGAAGGGGCGAGCUCCAGGCCCGAGCCGGCGCUGUACAGGUACACGGCCUUGGAGAGGGCGGCUUCAGGAAUCGUCCUUUCUGGUCUUUACUGCCUCAGAGAAAGACGUUUAUGGGCAGACGCACCUGGACUUGAGUUUUCUGGGUGUGGGAGAGAAUGGGAUGUCUGCCUAGCCUGGAAGAAUCCCUUACCUUUUUCUGGGGGUGUCUGUAACACACUUGGGGACCCAACCUUGACUCAGGGUGGAAGACUGGGUCUUUCCAGGCUCGGGAGAUGCUCUGUGUUCCAGGUUUGAGAAUAAAGGGGGUCUGCAAGGCCUUGAGUCCCCCAGCCCCCUAACUAUGCUCGGAUGUGGUAUCCCUUUAGCUGGUGCAGUCGAUGACCCUGUUAACCACCAGGGCACCAAGUGAAAAUGAAUUAUCUCCCAGCUUGUGC